AUGUCUCUCUAUCCUCAGAGUCAGGCGUAUGGCCAGGUACUUUACCCAGGGUACGGCCAGCCCAUGCUACCCCCGACUGGGUAUCAGUAUCCGUCGCCCGUGCAGCCCUUCUACCAUGUCGAUCCCAACACAUUCCGUCGCGAUUACAUGUCGCGUUUGUCCUCACUCACCAUAAAUUCCAGACCGAUUAUACAGAACCUCUCAAUGAUAGCGCAAGAGCACUCCCGAUUCGCCGAGAUCGUUGCGCAGUGUAUCGAAGCGCAUAUACGUCGGGUGCCGCCUUGGAUGAAGCUGCCAGCGUUCUACCUUCUGGAUGCAAUAUCCAAGAAUGUAUUUGAUCCUUACGCUCCGCAAUUUACUCCUCUGGUCGUCAGACUAUUCCUUGAUACCUAUGAGCAAGUUGACCAAAGCACUCGCAGCAAGAUGGAAGAGAUGCUACUGACUUGGCGAACUGGUGCGCCGAACGGAAGGGAGCUGUUUGGUAUCGUUCCACAGGUUGCAAUUGAACGUCAGAUUUGGGGCGGUGAUACUACUCAGAAUGUUGCUUCUACCAGUCGACAUCCAAUCAGCUCUGAGUCGACAAUACCUACCGCUCAGGUUCUCAGUGAAUUAGAGUUUGUCCUCGGGCAGAAGGAACGCGCUAUGCAAGUAGACCCUUAUGACAAGGUUUCACAGAAUCACGUUGGCAUACUUCAUCAGCUUCGCAAGUUAGUCCAGGCGGGAGUCUCGCAGGAGGAGCUCAGUCAGAUACUUAAUCAAUUACGCACGCUAGCUUUACCUGCACCUCCUGUUCCUCAGCAGCCUGCACCGCAACCUAUACCGCCGUAUCAGAAUCAGCAGUUAUACCCACCGCCUGUGCCGCAGGCCACUUACCCUACUUCCUCAAACCCCCCACCAUAUCCUCCACAACAACCAUACUCGAACCCACAGCCGGACAUCGCGAAGCCUGAGCCAGUAGAUUUCUCGAAUUCUCUUUCCUCUCGGCCUCCUGCCGCUUCAUCUGCACCUGCACUUCCGCCAGUGAGCAAUAUUGCGAACCUGUAUAGUGCUCUCUUAAAGGCAGGUGUCGUUUCUGCUACUGGUACCCCUACCGGCGCUGGUGCCACAGCGAAAGCGGAAGAGGCAGCCGCGCCUGUAGAUCCCGCAAAAGAUGCCGCGAGGAAAUAUAGGAAGGCGAUACUGGGGAUCAAGAUCAAGCUGACAAGUGCAGAUAUCACCCGUCAAAAUCCACGAAUCGUCCCCUUCCUAUACGACAAGUUGCCUAUACAAUGUAAGCAAUGCGGGAUUCGCUUUGUGGACGGUCCGAAGGGCAAAAAGAAGAUGGAGGACCACCUCGAUAUGCACUUCAGGCAGAACCGCAAGGCCAGUCAAGCCGUCGGCCGCGGUCACAGUCGCGGUUGGUUCAUUAGUGUAGAGGAUUGGGUACAUGACGGCAUAGUUGAUAUCAAAGGCAAGGGUCGUGCGGACGGCUCGCGCCUAGUAAACUCGAGUGCGGCUGCGGCUGCGGAUGCUGCUAAGCGUGAGGCUGAACUACGCUCUCUCUACGUCGUUGUUCCGUCUGGUGAUGAGGCGAAGUCCAUCUCGUGUCCGAUAUGUAAGGAGCCGCUCAAGUCUGAGUUCCUCGAAGACGACGAAGAGUGGGUGUGGAGGAACGCAGUCAAGAAAGACGAUAGAAUAUUCCAUGCGACGUGCCACGCCGAGGCGACGACGUCCAAGACGAACCUGGUCGCACGCUUGCGGAAUGAAGCCGCGAGUCGCAGCCGAUCUCGCACACCUGAGAAAUCGUCCGCGCGAACAACACCUCCGAAGGUUCCUGUCCCUCUUGACGCGCCGUUGAGGAAGUCGGCGACCCCGCCCGGAAGCGGCGGCAGGAAACGUAAAGCUGAGGAGAUUGAUGCAACUUCGGCGCACGAGGGUGCGCAGGACGCGCCUCCGCUCAAGAAGUUGCAAUUGGCGCUAUGA